GAGAGAGAGAGAGAGAGAGACGGAGCAAAGAAGACAGCAUAUAUGGCGGAAACAACACAUCAGCAGCUGCAGCAUCAUGCCUGUAUCGACCCAAAAGUCCGGGUUUUGGGGAAGAGGGGAACCCGGGCAAAGGCGUCGUCCGACGCCGUCUCCUCUAUUUCGGAGAACCCAACCCUAACCCUAUCUCUUCUCCACGAUCGUCCCUUCUUGCUCCCAUCCUCGCUCUGCUUCUUCCCUGUACCCUCCCGCUCGUCUUCCUCUGCGGUGCGGCGGAUUUGGAUUUAUAGUUUCUGCUUUCGCCUCGGAGAUAGGAAGAAGGAAGGGAGUGUGAGAUACUUUGAUCCUCUAAGGUGCGUUCUUUCUAAUGGAGGGAUUUGGUUGUCCUAGAUUCAUUGGAUUAGAUACUGUGGUGAAGAAGCGGAGAAGUGCACGGCGUCCACGGCCAAAUGCCCAGUUGACUUUUGACGCUUGUAAUAUAUCACCUCUACUCUCUGCUCCAUCGUUAAGCAAUUCAAGAAAUUUCUCAACUGAUGAUGAUGGAGGCAGUGACACCUUCUUCCGAAGGAAAGAAGUUUAUCUCAAUGGUCCUUCUCCGAGAAGUUUAGCUAUCAAUUUAGCACCUUCAAGGAAGGUCACAAAAGAUGACAAGGCACUUCAGGAAUUAGGUGGGUACUCUGGUGGCGGUACCUCGAGAGGUGGCCAUCUUUUGGAUUUGAAAUAUUGCGGCGAGGGUAUCCUUGCCCCAGCUAAGUGGAAAAGCACUCACAAAGUUAAUGAAGCAAUUGUGAUGCAAUCAGGUUCCCCGGAUACUGGUCUGGAAAAGAGAGGGGAGGACUGUGGUAUGGAUCAUCUAGGAGAAGCUCAUCACAUAACAUCUGAGAGCAAGCUGAGAAAGGUGAAGCUCAAAGUUGGCGGAGUCACACGCACAAUACAUGCAAAGUCUGAUCUGCAGUCAAGCAGUGAUAAAUCUUCUCUUGCAAAACCCCUGCAGUUUCUAGAGGCCCCUCGGCACCGUCUAAAACUUAAUUCACAGAAUGUUUUUGAUGGUCAUUCUCCGAUAGAAAAAGGGAAUAACUUUCAAGGAGAUCCAUGGAUGGAUUCUAGUGUGCUAAACUUUCCUAAUGGGACAAAGGAUGAUUUUAGCAAUAAAGCAGUUCAAGCAGGCUUAUCUGGAAAGAAAGCAGAGCCUUCUUCCGAGCCUACUCGUAAAAGCAAGAGGGUACCCAAGCGGCGGGUUUUUGAUGAUGUUGAGGGAGAUUAUGAUAUUCGCCACAUUGAGAAACUUAGGGCUUCUAAGGUUGCUGCAGAUCAUAUUGCUGAGCUUGAUGAUAGUGGUGAGAAUGGCUUCAAGCGGCCCAACAUGUCCAAAAUGUCUAGAAGUAGAAAUGCAGCAUAUGAAGUAGAUGAUGAAUAUGUUUUGUCUCGAUCAAGCAAGGAGAAGAGAAAGAAGUUGAGACAGGGAAGGGAAUCUUAUGAUGUGGAUUAUGUUGAAGAGGAAGAACUUGGUUCUGAUGUUGCACCUGAUGCCAAGCGAAAGAAACAGAAUGCAACUCUUGAGUUAGCUGCCGAUGUUAGAACGGAAUGUCUUACUACCCGUCAACGGGCACUUCAAUCUGGAAAAGCUGGCAACGGUGAGAGUUUGAUAGAGUUCCCCAACGGAUUACCCCCUGCACCUUCGAGAAAACAAAAGGAGAAGCUCUCAGAAGUUGAGAUACAAGCAAAGAAAGCGGAGGCUGCUCAGAGACGGAAAAUGCAAGUAGAGAAGCAAACUAGAGAAUCUGAGGCUGCAGCGAUAAGGAAAAUAUUAGGACAAGACAAGAAGGAAGAAAAGAAGCAGAAAGAGCUCGAGGAAAAGGCAAAGGCUGCCAAAUCUAUAACAUUGCAACCCAGCACCGUACGUUGGGUGACCGGUCCAACCGGCACGAUUGUUACUUUUGCUGAUGAUGUAGGCCUUCCAAGUUUAUUCGGAUCUAAGCCAUCCAGGUGCAAUUGUAUUCUCUCAUGCAAAUCUCUCUUACCCUCCUCCACGAGAGAAAUGUGCCGGUCCAUCAUGUACAAAUGCAUACAAGUACCGAGAUUCCAAGACCAAGCUUCCAUUGUGCAGUCUGCAGUGUUACAGAGCCAUCCAAGAAAGGGCAUAAGACUAUCAUAUCUCUCCAACUCCUGUAGGUAGGAAAUGAAACCUCAGAAGUAGUUUUACCCAUGGAAAAGUCUCUUCUUUUUUGACCUUUUAAUCACUGACUGACUCAGAUGUGUCAGAUGCUUAUUGUAAUAUAACUUCUCAUUCAAAUGAGUCAAGAGGCUGUAGAUGUAACCACACUCUUAUUCAUGAAAUGAAAAGGUAUUUCCAUUUUGUGGUUA